GGAGCGUCAGGAGGCCGUCGAAAAACGGAAAAAGCGCGAACAGGAGCGCAUCCGACGCAUGGAAGAGAAGAAAACGAAUCCAGGAGGAGACGGCGAGGAAGAUCCGGGAGAAGAAGGAGCUUCUGAAGCCUAUAAAAAUAAAGAAGGUGCAGCCGAUCAUUGAGGAGCAGACCGCCCUGGAGACAGAGGAGACUCUGAGUGAGUCACAAACGGAGCCCCUACCGGAGGAGCGGCCCUCGCAACAGCCGCCAGUAGAUGUAGAGGCGGUCCGCGACCGGCCUGAGGAGACGGCUCCGGCACACCGGCCACCCGGGACGACGUCCCCGCCGGCUGAGACCGCAGAGCGAGAGGACAAAACACCCGAAUGGCGCGCAGCCAAACCCCUGCAUGAAGAAACCGAACAACCGAAGGACACAGUCUCUGAGACUUCAACGCCUAUUGAACACCCAGCCACGGAGCAAAAACCAGACACAUCAAUUGUAGAUAAUGCCAUUUCUAAUAUCCCAGGUGCAAAACAUAUUUCCGAGACAACAAAAACCGAAGAGCAGGAAGCUGAUGAUGAGGUGACAAAACUGGUUACUACGACCAAACGUAUUCAGAGGGAGAAACCUGAAGACAUCGAGGAGACUCAAGAGGAAGUGCUUCCUGAGGUGCCCAUCGAAGCUGAACCUACCGUUACUGUCGUUGAGUCGGGAGACUUUGUUGAGGUAACAGAGGUCACAACCACAAAGGAAGUGCAGCCUGGGCCAGACAACAAGGAGGAGAUUAUUGUAAAAACAAAGACAAAGAAAACAAAGAGGCCCAAAGAUAAACCAACCGAAGGUCCAAAGCCAGACACAAAAACAAAGACACCUUUGGAUAUGGAGAUUGAGGACAUUCCUGGUGUCAAGGAGGUCUCUGAAUCAACGGUUACUGAAGUAACUGAAGAAGACGACCAGCCAGUUGAGGUCGUCACAACGACAAAGAAAAUCAAACGAACAAAACCAAAACGGCCGGAGGACGAGAUUGACCAGGUACUGCCUUCGAUUCCGCAUGUUCCCGAGACCACCGUAACUACAGAGGAAGGCGAUGAUCAUGUUACCGUCGUAGAGACUACAACUGUCAAGGAUAUCACCCCGAAACCCGACAACGAAGAAGAAAUAACAGUCGUCACAACCACCAAGAAAACACGCAAACCAGUUGAAGGGGAUACCACACCAAAGAAGAAACCAAAGAAAGACAAACCCAAACGACGAAGGCUUGAGGAAGCUCCAAUCGACAAAGCUAUAGCCGAAUUGCCGGGGGUGACAAAUAUUUCCGAGACAACAAAAACCGAGGUAAAAGAAGCUGAUGAUGAGGUGACAGAACUAGUUACUACAACAAAACGUAUCAAGAGGGAGAAACCUGACGACAUCGAUGAGACUCAAGAGGAAGUGCUUCCUGAGGUGCCCAUCGAAGCUGAACCUACCGUUACUGCCGUUGAGUCGGACGACUUUGUUGAGGUAACAGAAGUGACAACCACAAAGGAAGUGCAGCCUGGGCCAGACAACAAGGAGGAGAUUAUUGUAAAAACAAAGACAAAGAAAACAAAGAGGCCCAAAGAUAGACCCACCGAAGGUCCAAAGCAAGACACAAAAACAAAGACACCUUUGGAUAUGGAGAUUGAGGACAUUCCUGGUGUCAAGGAGGUUUCUGAGUCAACAGUUACUGAAGUAACUAAAGAAGACGACCUGCCAGUUGAGGUCGUCACAACGACAAAGAAAAUCAAACGAACAAGACCAAAACGGCCGGAGGACAAGAUUGACCAGGUACUGCCUUCGAUUCCGCAUGUUCCCGAGACCACCGUAACUACAGAGGAAGGCGAUGAUCAUGUUACUGUCGUAGAGACUACAACUGUCAAGGACAUCACCCCGAAACCCGACAACGAAGAAGAGAUAACAGUCGUCACAACCACCAAGAAAAUACACAAACCUAUUGAAAAGGAUACCACACCAAAGAAGAAGCCAAAGAAAGACAAACCCAAACGGCGAAGGCCCGAGGAAAUUCCUAUCGACAAAGCUAUAUCCGAAUUGCCGGGAGUAACAGAUAUUUCCGAGACGACAAAAACCGAGGUAGAAGAAGCUGAUGAUGAGGUGAUAGAGCUAGUAACUACAACAAAACGUAUCCAGAGGGAGAAACCUGAAGACAUCGAGGGGACUCCAGAAGAAGUGCUUCCUGAGGUGCCCAUCGAAGCUGAACCUACCGUUACUGUUGUUGAGUCGGGCGACUUUGUUGAGGUAACAGAGGUCACAACCACAAAGGAAGUGCAGCCUGGGCCAGACAACAAGGAGGAGAUUAUUGUAAAAACAAAGACAAAGAAAACAAAGAGACCCAAAGAUAAACCAACCGAAGGUCCAAAGCAAGACACAAAAACAAAGACACCUUUGGAUAUGGAGAUUGAGGACAUUCCUGGUGUCAAGGAGGUCUCUGAAUCAACGGUUACUGAAGUAACUGAAGAAGACGACCAGCCAGUUGAGGUCGUCACAACAACAAAGAAAAUUAGACGAACAAGACAAAAACGGCCGGAGGACGACAUUGACCAGAUACUGCCUUCGAUUCCGCAUGUUCCAGAGACCACCGUAACAACAGAGGAAGGCGACGAUCAUGUUACUGUCGUAGAGACUACAACUGUCAAGGACAUCACCCCGAAACCCGACAACGAAGAAGAGAUAACAGUCGUCACAACCACCAAGAAAACACGCAAACCCGUUGAAGGGGAUACCACACCAAAGAAGAAACCAAAGAAAGACAAACCUAAACGGCGAAGGCCUGAGGAAACUCCAAUCGACAAAGCUAUAUCCGAAUUGCCGGGGGUGACAGAUAUUUCCGAGACAACAAAAACCGAGGUAGAGGAAGCUGAUGAUGAGGUGACAGAAUUAGUUACUACGACAAAACAUAUCCAGAGGGAGAAACGUGACGACAUCGAAGAGACUCCAGAGGAAGUGCUUCCUGAGGUGCCCAUCGAAGCUGAACCUACCGUUACUGUCGUUGAGUCGGGAGAUUUUGUUGAGGUAACAGAGGUCACAACCAUAAAGGAAGUGCAGCCUGGGCCAGACAAUAAGGAGGAGAUUAUUGUAAAAACAAAGACAAAGAAAACAAAGAGGCCCAAAGAUAGACCCACCGAAGGUCCAAAGCAAGACACAAAAACAAAGACACCUUUGGAUAUGGAGAUUGAGGACAUUCCUGGUGUCAAGGAGGUUUCUGAGUCAACAGUUACUGAAGUAACUAAAGAAGACGACCUGCCAGUUGAGGUCGUCACAACGACAAAGAAAAUCAAACGAACAAGACCAAAACGGCCGGAGGACGAGAUUGACCAGGUACUGCCUUCGAUUCCGCAUGUUCCCGAGACCACCGUAACUACAGAGGAAGGCGAUGAUCAUGUUACUGUCGUAGAGACUAUAACUGUCAAGGACAUCACCCCGAAACCCGACAACGAAGAAGAGAUAACAGUCGUCACAACCACCAAGAAAACACGCAAACCCGUUGAAGGGGAUGCCACACCAAAGAAGAAACCAAAGAGAGACAAACCCAAACGGCGAAGGCCCGAGGAAAUUCCUAUCGACAAAGCUAUAUCCGAAUUGCCGGGAGUAACAGAUAUUUCCGAGACGACAAAAACCGAGGUAGAAGAAGCUGAUGAUGAGGUGAUAGAGCUAGUAACUACAACAAAACGUAUCCAGAGGGAGAAACCUGAAGACAUCGAGGGGACUCCAGAAGAAGUGCUUCCUGAGGUGCCCAUCGAAGCUGAACCUACCGUUACUGUUGUUGAGUCGGGCGACUUUGUUGAGGUAACAGAGGUCACAACCACAAAGGAAGUGCAGCCUGGGUCAGACAACAAGGAGGAGAUUAUUGUAAAAACAAAGACAAAGAAAACAAAGAGACCCAAAGAUAAAACAACCGAAGGUCCAAAGCCAGACACAAAAACAAAGACAACUUUGGAUAUGGAGAUUGAGGACAUUCCUGGUGUCAAGGAGGUCUCUGAGUCAACGGUUACUGAAGUAACUGAAGAAGACGACCAGCCAGUUGAGGUCGUCACAACAACAAAGAAAAUCAAACGAACAAGACCAAAACGGCCGGAGGACGACAUUGACCAGAUACUGCCUUCGAUUCCGCAUGUUCCCGAGACCACCGUAACAACAGAGGAAGGCGACGAUCAUGUUACUGUCGUAGAGACUACAACUGUCAAGGACAUCACCCCGAAACCCGACAACGAAGAAGAGAUAACAGUCGUCACAACCACCAAGAAAACACGCAAACCCGUUGAAGGGGAUACCACACCAAAGAAGAAACCAAAGAAAGACAAACCUAAACGGCGAAGGCCUGAGGAAACUCCAAUCGACAAAGCUAUAUCCGAAUUGCCGGGGGUGACAGAUAUUUCCGAGACAACAAAAACCGAGGUAGAAGAAGCUGAUGAUGAGGUGAUAGAGCUAGUAACUACAACAAAACGUAUCCAGAGGGAGAAACCUGAAGACAUCGAGGGGACUCCAGAAGAAGUGCUUCCUGAGGUGCCCAUCGAAGCUGAACCUACCGUUACUGUUGUUGAGUCGGGCGACUUUGUUGAGGUAACAGAGGUCACAACCACAAAGGAAGUGCAGCCUGGGCCAGACAACAAGGAGGAGAUUAUUUUAAAAACAAAGACAAAGAAAACAAAGAGACCCAAAGAUAAACCAACCGAAGGUCCAAAGCAAGACACAAAAACAAAGACACCUUUGGAUAUGGAGAUUGAGGACAUUCCUGGUGUCAAGGAGGUCUCUGAGUCAACGGUUACUGAAGUAACUGAAGAAGACGAAGAAGAAGUUGAGGUCGUCACAACAACAAAGAAAAUUAGACGAACAAGACCAAAACGGCCGGAGGACGACAUUGACCAGAUACUGCCUUCGAUUCCGCAUGUUCCCGAGACCACCGUAACAACAGAGGAAGGCGACGAUCAUGUUACUGUCGUAGAGACUACAACUGUCAAGGACAUCACCCCGAAACCCGACAACGAAGAAGAGAUAACAGUCGUCACAACCACCAAGAAAACACGCAAACCCGUUGAAGGGGAUACCACACCAAAGAAGAAACCAAAGAAAGACAAACCCAAACGGCGAAGGCCCGAGGAAACUCCAAUCGACAAAGCUAUAUCCGAAUUGCCGGGAGUGACAGGUAUUUCCGAGACGACAAAAACCGAGGUAGAGGAAGCUGAUGAUGAGGUGACAGAAUUAGUUACUACGACAAAACGUAUCCAGAGGGAGAAACCUGACGACAUCGAAGAGACUCCAGAGGAAGUGCUUCCUGAGGUGCCCAUCGAAGCUGAACCUACCGUUACUGUCGUUGAGUCGGGAGACUUUGUUGAGGUAACAGAGGUCACAACCAUAAAGGAAGUGCAGCCUGGGCCAGACAAUAAGGAGGAGGUUAUUGUAAAAACAAAGACAAGGAAAACAAAGAGGCCCAAAGAUAAACCAACCGAAGGUCCAAAGCCAGACACAAAAACAAAGACACCUUUGGAUAUGGAGAUUGAUGACAUUCCUGGUGUCAAGGAGGUCUCUGAAUCAACGGUUACUGAAGUAACUGAAGAAGACGACCAGCCAGUUGAGGUCGUCACAACAACAAAGAAAAUCAAACGAACAAAACCAAAACGGCCGGAAGCCGAGAUUGACCAGGUACUGCCUUCGAUUCCGCAUGUUCCCGAAACCACAGUAACUACAGAGGAAGGCGAUGAUCAUGUUACUGUCGUAGAGACUACAACUGUCAAGGACAUUACCCCGAAACCCGACAACCAAGAAGAGAUAACAGUCGUCACAACCACCAAGAAAAUACACAAACCCGUUGAAGGGGAUGCCACACCAAACAAGAAACCAAAGAAAGACAAACCCAAACGACGAAGGCCUGAGGAAGCUUCCAUCGACAAAGCUAUAGCCGAAUUGCCGGGGGUGACAGAUAUUUCCGAGACAACAAAAACCGAGGUAGAAGAAGCUGAUGAUGAAGUGAUAGAGCUAGUAACUACAACAAAACGUAUCCAGAGGGAGAAACCUGAAGACAUCGAGAGGACUCCAGAGGAAGUGCUUCCUGAGGUGCCCAUCGAAGCUGAACCUACCGUUACUGUUGUUGAGUCGGGCGACUUUGUUGAGGUAACAGAGGUCACAACCACAAAGGAGGUGCAGACUGGGCCAGACAACAAGGAGGAGAUUAUUGUAAAAACAAAGACAAAGAAAACAAAGAGACCCAAAGAUAAACCAACCGAAGGUCCAAAGCAAGACACAAGAAAGACACCUUUGGAUAUGGAGAUUGAGGACAUUCCUGGUGUCAAGGAGGUCUCUGAGUCAACGGUUACUGAAGUAACUGAAGAAGACGACCAGCCAGUUGAGGUCGUCACAACAACAAAGAAAAUCAAACGAACAAGACCAAAACGGCCGGAGGACGACAUUGACCAGAUACUGCCUUCGAUUCCGCAUGUUCCCGAGACCACCGUAACAACAGAGGAAGGCGACGAUCAUGUUACUGUCGUAGAGACUACAACUGUCAAGGACAUCACCCCGAAACCCGACAACGAAGAAGAGAUAACAGUCGUCACAACCACCAAGAAAACACGCAAACCCGUUGAAGGGGAUACCACACCAAAGAAGAAACCAAAGAAAGACAAACCUAAACGGCGAAGGCCUGAGGAAGCUUUCAUCGACAAAGCUAUAGCCGAAUUGCCGGGAGUGACAGAUAUUUCCGAGACAACAAAAACCGAGGUAGAAGAAGCUGAUCAUGAGGUGAUAGAGCUAGUAACUACAACAAAACGUAUCCAGAGGGAGAAACCUGAAGACAUCGAGGGGACUCCAGAGGAAGUGCUUCCUGAGGUGCCCAUCGAAGCUGAACCUACCGUUACUGUUGUUGAGUCGGGCGACUUUGUUGAGGUAACAGAGGUCACAACCACAAAGGAAGUGCAGCCUGGGCCAGACAACAAGGAGGAGAUUAUUGUAAAAACAAAGACAAAGAAAACAAAGAGACCCAAAGAUAAACCAACCGAAGGUCCAAAGCAAGACACAAGAAAGACACCUUUGGAUAUGGAGAUUGAGGACAUUCCUGGUGUCAAGGAGGUUUCUGAGUCAACAGUUACUGAAGUAACUAAAGAAGACGACCUGCCAGUUGAGGUCGUCACAACGACAAAGAAAAUCAAACGAACAAGACCAAAACGGCCGGAGGACGAGACCGACCAGAUAUUACCUUCGAUUCCGCAUGUUCCCGAGACCACAGUAUCUACAGAGGAAGGCGACGAUCAUGUUACUGUCGUAGAGACUACAACUGUCAAGGACAUCACCCCGAAACCCGACAACGAAGAAGAAAUAACAGUCGUCACAACCACCAAGAAAAUACACAAACCCAUUGAAGGGGAUACCAUACCAAAGAAGAAACCAAAGAAAGACAAACCCAAACGACGAAGGCCUGAGGAAGCUCCAAUCGACAAAGCUAUAGCCGAAUUGCCGGGGUUGACAGGUAUUUCCGAGACGACAAAAACCGAGGUAGAGGAAGCUGAUGAUGAGGUAACAGAAUUAGUUACUACGACAAAACGUAUCCAGAGGGAGAAACCUGACGACAUCGAAGAGACUCCAGAGGAAGUGCUUCCUGAGGUGCCCAUCGAAGCUGAACCUACCGUUACUGUUGUUGAGUCGGGAGACUUUGUUGAGGUAACAGAGGUCACAACCACAAAGGAAGUGCAGCCUGGGCCAGACAACAAGGAGGAGAUUAUUGUAAAAACAAAGACAAAGAAAACAAAGAGGCCCAAAGAUAAGCCAACCGAAGGUCCAAAGCAAGACACAACAACAAAGACACCUUUGGAUAUGGAGAUUGACAACAUUCCUGGUGUCAAGGAGGUCUCUGAGUCAACGGUUACUGAAGUAACUGAAGAAGACGACCAGCCAGUUGAGGUCAUCACAACGACAAAGAAAAUCAAACGAACAAAACCAAAACGGCCGGAGGACGACAUUGACCAGAUACUGCCUUCGAUUCCGCAUGUUCCCGAGACCACAGUAACUACAGAGGAAGGCGAUGAUCAUGCUACUGUCGUAGAGACUACAACUGUCAAGGACAUCACCCCGAAACCCGACAACGAAGAAGAGAUAACAGUCGUCACAACUACAAAGAAAACUCGAAAGCCUACCGAGAACUUGCCUGAAGAAGCACAAAGCCCAGUUCAAGAAACCACCGCUGAUACAAGCAUCCUCAAACAACGCAGAAGUGACGUGCCUGAGGGUUCACUUCCCCGCCCGGACGCGGCGCGGCCCGACCGCCGGGGGUCGCCUUCCGUCGCCGACAGCGAUGCGACAAUGCCUUCUGACGCCGAGGCACCGGAUCAGCUGGAGCUUACACGACUGUUGGAUAAAGAUAUACCAGGUGUCACCGAAGUUAGUGAGCAAAUCACUGCCGAUGUUGAAAGGAAUGGCGAUGAGAAAGUCGAGACCAUCACGACUACAAAGAUAAUCAAACGAAAGAAGCCGAAAGACGGCACAGAAACUACGGAAGAAAUCCUUCCAGAAAUUCCGGAGAAAGCCGAGCCCACUACGACUGUUGAGGAGACACCUGACCACGUCGAGGUAACUGAGGUUACAACGACAAAGGACAUCCAGGAAGGUCCUGAUGACCAGCUCAUCACAGUUGUCACCAAGACAAAGAAAACUCGCAAACCGAAGGAAAGGGCGCCGAAGGAGAAGCCAAAGAAAAAACGGCCAUCCAAAACUCGACUGGAUCAACAGCUUGAGGAAAUCCCGGGAGUCACCGAAAUAAGUGAACAUACCUCUACUGAUGUAGAACGGAAUGAUGAUGAGAAAGUUGAGACCGUCACGACUACAAAGAAAAUCAAGCGGAAGAAGCCUAAAGACGGCACCGAAACUACGGAAGAAAUCCUUCCAGAAAUUCCAGAGAAAGCCGAGCCCAUUACGACAGUUGAGGAGACGCCUGAGAACGUCGAGGUAACUGAAGUCACAACGACAAAGGAAAUCCAGGAAGGUCCUGAUGACCAGCUCAUCACAGUGAUCACCAAGACAAAGAAAACUCGCAAACCGAAGGAAAGGGCGCCGAAGGAGAAGCCAAAGAAAAAACGGCCAACCAAAACUCGACUGGAUCAACAGAUUGAGGAAAUCCCGGGAGUCACCGAAAUAAGUGAACAUACCUCUACUGAUGUUGAACGGAAUGAUGAUGAGGAAGUUGAGACCGUCACGACUACAAGGAAAAUCAAACGGAAGAAGCCUACAGACGGCACCGAAACUACGGAAGAAAUCCUUCCAGAAAUUCCAAAGAAAGCCGAACCCACUACGACUGUUGAGGAGACGCCUGAGCACGUCGAGGUAACUGAAGUCACAACGACAAAGGACAUCCAGGAAGGUCCUGAUGACCAGCUCAUUACAGUUGUCACCAAGACAAAGAAAACUCGCAAACCGAAGGAAAAGGCGCCAAAAGAGGAGCCAAAGCGGAAACAGCCAACUAAAACUACGCUGGAUGAACAGAUUGUGAAAAUCCCAGGCGUCACCGAGGUUGGUGAGCAAACUACUACUGGAAUUGAAACCAUUGAUGACGAAGAGGUUGAGACAAUGACCACUACAAAGAAAAUCAAAAUAAAGAAGCCUAAAGACGGCACCGAAACCACGGAAGAAAUCCUUCCAGAAAUUCCAGAGAAAGCCGAGCCCACUACGAAUGUCGAGGAGACGCCUGAGCACGUCGAGGUAACUGAAGUCACAACGACAAAGGACAUCCAGGAAGGUCCUGAUGACCAGUUCAUCACAGUUGACACCAAGACAAAGAAAACUCGCAAACCGAAGGAAAAAGCACCGAAGGAGAAGCCAAAGAAGAAACAGCCAUCCAAAACUCGACUGGAUCAACAGAUUGAGGAAAUCCCGGGGGUCACCGAAAUAAGUGAACAUACCUCUACUGAUGUGCAAGGGAAUGAUGAUGAGGAAGUUGAGACCGUCACGACUACAAAGAAAAUCAAACGUAAGAAGCCUAAAGACGGCACCGAAAUUACGGAAGAAAUCCUUCCAGAAAUUCCAGAGAAAGCCGAACCCAUUACGACAGUUGAGGAAACGCCUGAGCACGUCGAGGUAACUGAAGUCACAACGACAAAGGACAUCCAGGAAGGUCCUGAUGACCAGCUCAUCACAGUUGUCACCAAGACAAAGAAAACUCGCAAACCGAAGGAAAAGAAGCCGAAGGAGAAACCAAAGCGGAAACGGCCAACUAAAACUACGCUGGAUGAACAGAUUGAGAAAAUCCCAGGCGUCACCGAGGUUGGUGAGCAAACUACUACUGGAACUGAAACCAUUGAUGACGAUGAAGUUGAGACAAUGACCACUACAAAGAAAAUCAAAAUAAAGAAGCCUAAAGACGGCACCGAAACCACGGAAGAAAUCCUUCCACAAAUUCCAGAGAAAGCCGAGCCCACUACGAAUGUCGAGGAGACGCCUGAGCACGUCGAGGUAACUGAAGUCACAACGACAAAGGACAUCCAGGAAGGUCCUGAUGACCAGUUCAUCACAGUUGACACCAAGACAAAGAAAACUCGCAAACAGAAGGAAAAAGCACCGAAGGAGAAGCCAAAGAAGAAACAGCCAUCCAAAACUCGACUGGAUCAACAGAUUGAGGAAAUCCCGGGGGUCACCGAAAUAAGUGAACAUACCUCUACUGAUGUGCAAGGGAAUGAUGAUGAGGAAGUUGAGACCGUCACGACUACAAAGAAAAUCAAACGUAAGAAGCCUAAAGACGGCACCGAAAUUACGGAAGAAAUCCUUCCAGAAAUUCCAGAGAAAGCCGAACCCAUUACGACAGUUGAGGAAACGCCUGAGCACGUCGAGGUAACUGAAGUCACAACGACAAAGGACAUCCAGGAAGGUCCUGAUGACCAGCUCAUCACAGUUGUCACCAAGACAAAGAAAACUCGCAAACCGAAGGAAAAGAAGCCGAAGGAGAAACCAAAGCGGAAACGGCCAACUAAAACUACGCUGGAUGAACAGAUUGAGAAAAUCCCAGGCGUCACCGAGGUUGGUGAGCAAACUACUACUGAAAUUGAAACCAUUGAUGACGAAGAAGUUGAGACAAUGACGACUACAAAGAAAAUCAAAAUAAAGAAGCCUACAGACGGCACCGAAACUACGGAAGAAAUCCUUCCAGAAAUCCCGCAGAAAGCCGAACCCACUACGACUGUUGAGGAGACGCCUGACCUCGUCGAGGUAACUGAAGUAACAACGACAAAAGAUAUCCAGGAAGGUCCUGAUGACCAGCUCAUCACAGUGAUCACCAAGACAAAGAAAACUCGCAAACCGAAGGAAAAAGCACCGAAGGAGAAGCCAAAAAAGACACAGCCAUCCAAAACUCGAUUGGAUCAACAGAUUGAGGAAAUCCCGGGAGUCAUCGAAAUAAGUGAACAUACCUCUACUGAUGUGGAACAGAAUGAUGAUAAGGAAGUUGAGACCGUCACGACUACAAAGAAAAUCAAACGGAAGAAGCCUAAAGACGGCACCGAAGUUACGGAAGAAAUCCUUCCAGAAAUUCCAGAGAAAGCCGAGCCCAUUACGUCAGUUGAGGAGACGCCUGAGGACGUCGAGGUAACUGAAGUCACAACGACAAAGGACAUCCAGGAAGGCCCUGAAGACCAGCUCAUCACAGUUGUCACCAAGACAAAGAAAACUCGCAAACCAAAAGUAAAGGCGCCAAAGGAGAAGCCGAAGCGGAAACGGACAACUAAAACUACGCUGGAUGAACAGAUUGAGAAAAUCCCAGGCGUCACCGAGGUUGCUGAGCAAACUACUACUGAAAUUGAAACCAUUGACGACGAAGAAGUUGAGACAAUGACGACUACAAAGAAAAUCAAAAUAAAGAAGCCUAAAGACGGCACCAAAACCACGGAAGAAAUUUUCCCAGAAAUACCGGAGAAAGCCGAGCCCACUACAACUGUUGAGGAGACGCCUGAGCACGUCGAGGUAACUGAGGUUACAACGACAAAGGACAUCCAGGAAGGUCUUGAUGACCAGCUCAUCACAGUGAUCACCAAGACAAAGAAAAGUCGCAAACCGAAGGAAAAAGCACCGAAGGAAAAGCCAAAGAAGACACGGCCAUCCAAAACUCGACUGGAUCAACACAUUGAGGAAAUCCCGGGAGUCACCGAAAUAAGUGAACAUACCUCUACUGAUGUGGAACGGAAUGAUGAUGAGGAAGUUGAGACCGUCACGACUAAAAAGAAAAUCAAACGGAAGAAGCCUAAAGACGGCACCGAAAUUACGGAAGAAAUCCUUCCAGAAAUUCCACAGAAAGCCGAGCCCAUUACGACAGUUGAGGAGACGCCUGAGGACGUCGAGGUAACUGAAGUCACAACGGCAAAGGACAUCCAGGAAGGUCCUGAUGACCAGCUCAUCACAGUUGUCACCAAGACAAAGAAAACUCGCAAACCGAAGGAAAAGAAGCCGAAGGAGAAGCCAAAGAAGAAACGGCCAUGCAAAACACGACUGGAUGAACAGAUUGAGGAAAUCCCGGGAGUCACCGAAAUAAGUGAACAAACCUCUACUGAGGUUGAACGGAAUGAUGAUGAGGAAGUUGAGACCGUCACGUCUACAAAGAAAAUCAAACGGAAGAAGCCCACCGACGGCACCGAAACUACGGAAGAAAUCCUUCCAGAAAUUCCGAAGAAAGCCGAGCCCAUUACGACAGUUGAGGAGACGCCUGAGCACAUUGAGGUAUCUGAAGUCACAACGACAAAGGACAUCCAGGAAGGUCCUGAUGACCAACUCAUCACAGUUGUCACCAAGACAAAGAAAACUCGCAAACCGAAGGAAGAGGCGCCAAAGGAGAAGCCAAAGCGGAAACGGCCAACUAAAACUACGCUGGAUGAACAGAUUGAAAGAAUUCCAGGCGUCACCGAGGUUGGUGAGCAAACUACUACUGAAAUUGAAACCAUUGAUGACGAAGAGGUUGAGACAAUGACGACUACAAAGAAAAUCAAAAUAAAGAAGCCUACAGACGGCACCGAAACUACGAAAGAAAUCCUUCCAGAAAUUUCGCAGAAAGCCGAACCCACUACGACUGUUGAGGAGACGCCUGACCUCGUCGAGGUAACUGAAGUCACAACGACAAAGGCCAUCCAGGAAGGUCCUGAUGACCAGCUCAUCACAGUGAUCACCAAGACAAAGAAAACUCGCAAACCGAAGGAAAAGGCACCGAAGGAGAAGCCAAAGAAAAAACGGCCAUCCAAAACUCGACUGGAUCAACAGAUUGAGGAAAUCCCAGGCGUCACCGAGGUUGGUGAGCAAACUUCUACUGAAAUUGAAACCAUUGAUGACGAAGAAGUUGAGAAAAUAACCACUACAAAGAAAAUCAAACGAAAGAAGCCGAAGGACGGAAUCGAAACUUCGGAAGACAUCCUUCCAGAAAUUCCAGAGAAAGCCGAGCCCACUACGAAUGUUGAGGAGACGCCUGAGCACGUCGAGGUAACUGAAGUCACAACGACAAAGGACAUCCAGGAAGGUCCUGAUGACCAGCUCAUCACAGUUGUCACCAGGACAAAGAAAACUCGCAAACCGAAGGAAAAGGCGCCAAAAGAGAAGCCGAAGAAGAAACGGCCAUCCAAAACUCGACUGGAUCAACAGAUUGAGGAAAUCCCGGGAGUCACCGAAAUAAGUGAACAUACCUCUACUGAUGUGGAACGGAAUGAUGAUGAGGAAGUUGAGACCGUCACGACUACAAAGAAAAUCAAACGGAAGAAGCCUAAAGACGGCACCGAAAUUACGGAAGAAAUCCUUCCAGAAAUUCCAGAGAAAGCCGAGCCCAUUACGACAGUUGAGGAGACGCCUGAGGACGUCGAGGUAACUGAAGUCACAACUACAAAGGACAUCCAGGAAGGUCCUGAUGACCAACUCAUCACAGUUGUCACCAAGACAAAGAAAACUCGCAAACCGAAGGAAAAGGCGCCAAAGGAGAAGCCGAAGCGGAAACGGCCAACUAAAACUACGCUGGAUGAACAGAUUGAGAAAAUCCCAGGCGUCACCGAGGUUGGUGAGCAAACUACUACUGAAAUUGAAACCAUUGAUGACGAAGAAGUUGAGACAAUGACGACUACAAAGAAAAUCAAAAUAAAGAAGCCUAAAGACGGCACCGAAACCAUGGAAGAAAUCCUUCCAGAAAUACCGGAGAAAGCCGAGCCAACAACAACUGUUGAGGAGACACCUGAGCACGUCGAGGUAACUGAGGUUACAACGACAAAGGACAUCCAGGAAGGUUUUGAUGACCAGCUCAUCACAGUCGUCACCAAGACAAAGAAAACUCGCAAACCGAAGGAAAAGACGCCAAAGAAGAUGCCAAAGGAGAAACGGCCAACUGGAACUACACUGGAUGAACAGGUUAAGGAAAUCCCAGGUGUCACCGAAGUAGCUGAGCAAACCACUACUGAAGUUGAAACCAUUGAUGACAAACAAGUUGAAACAAUCACGACUACAAAGAAAAUCAAACGAAAGAAGCCUGAGGACGGAACCGAAACUUCGGAAGAAAUUCUUCCAGAAAUUCCAGAGAAUGCCGAGCCCACUACGAAUGUUGAGGAGACGCCUGAGAACGUCGAGGUAACUGAAGUCACAACUACAAAGGACAUCCAGGAAGGUCCUGAUGACCAACUCAUCACAGUUGUCACCAAGACAAAGAAAACUCGCAAACCGAAGGAAAAGGCGCCAAAGGAGAAGCCGAAGCGGAAACGGCCAACUAAAACUACGCUGGAUGAACAGAUUGAGGAAAUCCCGGGAGUCACCGAAAUAAGUGAACAUACCUCUACUGAUGUUGAACGGAAUGAUGAUGAGGAAGUUGAGACCGUCACGACUACAAAGAAAAUCAAACGGAAGAAGCCUACAGACGGCACCGAAACUACGGAAGAAAUCCUUCCAGAAAUUCCGCAGAAAGCCGAACCCACUACGACUGUUGAGGAAACGCCUGACCUCGUCGAGGAAACUGAAGUAACAACGACAAAGGAUAUCCAGGAGGGUCCUGAUGACCAGCUCAUCACAGUGAUCACCAAGACAAAGAAAACUCGCAAACCGAAGGAAAAAGCACCGAAGGAAAAGCCAAAGAAGACACGGCCAUCCAAAACUCGACUGGAUCAACACAUUGAGGAAAUCCCGGGAGUCACCGAAAUAAGUGAACAUACCUCUACUGAUGUGGAACGGAAUGAUGAUGAGGAAGUUGAGACUGUCACGUCUACAAAGAAAAUCAAACGGAAGAAGCCCACCGACGGCACCGAAACUACGGAAGAAAUCCUUCCAGAAAUUCCGAAGAAAGCCGAGCCCAUUACGACAGUUGAGGAGACGCCUGAGCACAUUGAGGUAUCUGAAGUCACAACGACAAAGGACAUCCAGGAAGGUCCUGAUGACCAGCUCAUCACAGUUGUCACCAAGACAAAGAAUACUCGCAAACCGAAGGAAAAGAAGCCGAAGGAGAAGCCAAAGAAGAAACGGCCAUGCAAAACACGACUGGAUGAACAGAUUGAGGAAAUCCCGGGAGUCACCGAAAUAAGUGAACAAACCUCUACUGAGGUUGAACGGAAUGAUGAUGAGGAAGUUGAGACCGUCACGUCUACAAAGAAAAUCAAACGGAAGAAGCCCACCGACGGCACCGAAACUACGGAAGAAAUCCUUCCAGAAAUUCCGAAGAAAGCCGAGCCCAUUACGACAGUUGAGGAGACGCCUGAGGACGUCGAGGUAACUGAAGUCACAACGACAAAGGACAUCCAGGAAGGUCCUGAUGACCAGCUCAUCACAGUUGUCACCAAGACAAAGAAAACUCGCAAACCGAAGGAAAAGGCGCCAAAGGAGAAGCCAAAGCGGAAACGGCCAACUAAAACUACGCUGGAUGAACAGAUUGAGAAAAUCCCAGGCGUCACCGAGUUUGGUGAGCAAACUACUACUGAAAUUGAAACCAUUGAUGACGAGGAAGUUGAGACAAUGACGACUACAAAGAAAAUCAAAAUAAAGAAGCCUACAGACGUCACCGAAACUACGGAAGAAAUACUUCCAGAAAUUCCGCAGAAAGCCGAACCAACUACGACUGUUCAGGAGACGCCUGACCUCGUCGAGGUAACUGAAGUAACAACGACAAAGGAUAUCCAGGAAGGUCCUGAUGACCAGCUGAUCACAGUGAUCACCAAGACAAAGAAAACUCGCAAACCGAAGGAAAAAGCACCGAAGGAGAAGCCAAAGAAGAAACGGCCAUCCAAAACUCGACUGGAUCAACAGAUUGAGGAAAUCCCGGGAGUCACCGAAAUAAGUGAACAUACCUCUACUGAUGUGGAACGGAAUGAUAAUGAGGAAGUUGAGACCGUCACGACUACAAAGAAAAUCAAACGGAAGAAGCCUACAGACGUCACCGAAACUACGGAAGAAAUCCUUCCAGAAAUUCCGCAGAAAGCCGAACCAACUACGACUGUUCAGGAGACGCCUGACCUCGUCGAGGUAACUGAAGUAACAACGACAAAGGAUAUCCAGGAAGGUCCUGAUGACCAGCUGAUCACAGUGAUCACCAAGACAAAGAAAACUCGCAAACCGAAGGAAAAGACGCCAAAGAAGAUGCCAAAGGAGAAACGGCCAACUGGAACUACACUGGAUGAACAGGUUAAGGAAAUCCCAGGUGUCACCGAAGUAGCUGAGCAAACCACUACUGAAGUUGAAACCAUUGAUGACGAACAAGUUGAAACAAUCACGACUACAAAGAAAAUCAAACGAAAGAAGCCUGAGGACGGAACCGAAACUUCGGAAGAAAUUCUUCCAAAAAUUCCAGAGAAAGCCGAGCCCACUACGAAUGUUGAGGAGACGCCUGAGAACGUCGAGGUAACUGAAGUCACAACUACAAAGGACAUCCAGGAAGGUCCUGAUGACCAACUCAUCACAGUUGUCACCAAGACAAAGAAAACUCGCAAACCGAAGGAAAAGGCGCCAAAGGAGAAGCCAAAGCGGAAACGGCCAACUAAAACUACGAUGGAUGAACAGAUUGAGAGAAUUCCAGGCGUCACCGAGGUUGGUGAGCAAACUACUACUGAAAUUGAAACCAUUGAUGACGAAGAGGUUGAGACAAUGACGACUACAAAGAAAAUCAAACGGAAGAAGCCUAAAGACGGCACCGAAAUUACGGAAGAAAUCCUUCCAGAAAUUCCAGAGAAAGCCGAACCCAUUACGACAGUUGAGGAGACGCCUGAGGACGUCGAGGUAACUGAAGUCACAACGACAAAGGACAUCCAGGAAGGUCCUGAUGACCAGCUCAUCACAGUUGUCACCAAGACAAAGAAAACUCGCAAACCGAAGGAAAAGGCGCCAAAGGAGAAGCCAAAGCGGAAACGGCCAACUAAAACUCGACUGGAUCAACAGAUUGAGGAAAUCCCGGGAGUCACCGAAAUAAGUGAACAUACCUCUACUGAUGUGGAACGGAAUGAUGAUGAGGAAGUUGAGACCGUCACGACUACAAAGAAAAUCAAACGGAAGAAGCCUAAAGACGGCACCGAAAUUACGGAAGAAAUCCUUCCAGAAAUUCCGAAGAAAGCCGAGCCCAUUACGACAGUUGAGGAGACGCCUGAGGACGUCGAGGUAACUGAAGUCACAACGACAAAGGACAUCCAGGAAGGUCCUGAUGACCAGCUCAUCACAGUUGUCACCAAGACAAAGAAAACUUGCAAACCAAAGGAAAAGACGCCUAAGAAAAAACCAAAAAAGAAACGACCAACAACAACUACACUGGAUGAACAUAUUGAAAAAAUCCCAGGCGUCACCGAAGUUGGUGAGCAAACCACUACUGAGGUUGAAACCAUUGAUGACGAACAAGUUGAAACAAUCACGACUACAAAGAAAAUCAAACGAAAGAAGCCUAAGGACGGAACCGAAACUUCGGAAGAAAUCCUUUCAGAAAUUCCAGGGAAAGCCGAGCCCACUACGAAUGUUGAGGAGACGCCUGAGAACGUCGAGGUAACUGAAGUCACAACUGCAGAGGACAUCCAGGAAGGUCCUGAUGACCAACUCAUCACAGCUGUCACCAAGACAAAGAAAACUCGCAAACCGAAGGAAGAGGCGCCAAAGGAGAAGCCAAAGCGGAAACGGCCAACUAAAACUACGAUGGAUGAACAGAUUGAGAGAAUUCCAGGCGUCACCGAGGUUGGUGAGCAAACUACUACUGAAAUUGAAACCAUUGAUGACGAAGAGGUUGAGACAAUGACGACUACAAAGAAAAUCAAAAUAAAGAAGCCUACAGAUGGCACCGAAACUACGGAAGAAAUCCUUUCAGAAAUUCCGCAGAAAGCCGAACCCACUACGACUGUUGAGGAGACGCCUGACCUCGUCGAGGUAACUGAAGUCACAACGACAAAGGACAUCCAGGAAGGUCCUGAUGACCAGCUCAUCACAGUGAUCACCAAGACAAAGAAAACUCGCAAACCAAAGGAAAAGGCACCGAAGGAGAAGCCAAAGAAGACACGGCCAUCCAAAACUCGACUGGAUCAACAGAUUGAGGAAAUCCCGGGAGUCACCGAAAUAAGUGAUCAUACCUCUACUGAUGUGGAACGGAAUGAUGAUGAUGAAGUUGAGACCGUCACGUCUACAAAGAAAAUCAAACGGAAGAAGCCCACCGACGGCACCGAAACUACGGAAGAAAUCCUUCCAGAAAUUCCGAAGAAAGCCGAGCCCAUUACGACAGUUGAGGAGACGCCUGAGCACAUUGAGGUAUCUGAAGUCACAACGACAAAGGACAUCCAGGAAGGUCCUGAUGACCAACUCAUCACAGUUGUCACCAAGACAAAGAAAACUCGCAAACCGAAGGAAAAAAAGCCGAUGGAGAAGCCAAAGAAGAAACGGCCAUGCAAAACACGACUGGAUGAACAGAUUGAGGAAAUCCCGGGAGUCACCGAAAUAAGUGAACAUACCUCUACUGAGGUUGAACGGAAUGAUGAUGAUGAAGUUGAGACCGUCACGUCUACAAAGAAAAUCAAACGGAAGAAGCCCACCGACGGCACCGAAACUACGGAAGAAAUCCUUCCGGAAAUUCCGAAGAAAGCCGAGCCCAUUACGACAGUUGAGGAGACGCCUGAGCACAUUGAGGUAUCUGAAGUCACAACGACAAAGGACAUCCAGGAAGGUCCUGAUGACCAACUCAUCACAGUUGUCACCAAGACAAAGAAAACUCGCAAACCGAAGGAAAAGACGCCAAAGAAGAUGCCAAAGGAGAAACGGCCAACUGGAACUACACUGGAUGAACAGGUUAAGGAAAUCCCAGGUGCCACCGAAGUAGCUGAGCAAACCACUACUGAAGUUGAAACCAUUGAUGACGAACAAGUUGAAACAAUCACGACUACAAAGAAAAUCAAACGAAAGAAGCCUGAGGACGGAACCGAAACUACGGAAGAAAUCCUUCCAGAAAUUCCGAAGAAAGCCGAGCCCAUUACGUCAGUUGAGGAGACGCCUGAGGACGUCGAGGUAACUGAAGUCACAACUACAAAGGACAUCCAGGAAGGUCCUGAUGACCAACUCAUCACAGUUGUCACCAAGACAAAGAAAACUCGCAAACCGAAGGAAGAGGCGCCAAAGGAGAAGCCAAAGCGGAAACGGCCAACUAAAACUACGCUGGAUGAACAGAUUGAGAGAAUUCCAGGCGUCACCGAGGUUGGUGAGCAAACUACUACUGAAAUUGAAACCAUUGAUGACGAAGAGGUUGAGACAAUGACGACUACAAAGAAAAUCAAAAUAAAGAAGCCUACAGACGGCACCGAAACUACGGAAGAAAUCCUUCCAGAAAUUCCGCAGAAAGCCGAACCCACUACGACUGUUGAGGAGACGCCUGACCUCGUCGAGGUAACUGAAGUCACAACGACAAAGGACAUCCAGGAAGGUCCUGAUGACCAGCUCAUCACAGUGAUCACCAAGACAAAGAAAACUCGCAAACCAAAGGAAAAGGCACCGAAGGAGAAGCCAAAGAAGACACGGCCAUCCAAAACUCGACUGGAUCAACAGAUUGAGGAAAUCCCGGGAGUCACCGAAAUAAGUGAACAUACCUCUACUGAUGUGGAACGGAAUGAUGAUGAGGAAGUUGAGACCGUCACGACUACAAAGAAAAUCAAACGGAAGAAGCCUAAAGACGGCACCGAAAUUACGGAAGAAAUCCUUCCAGAAAUUCCAGAGAAAGCCGAGCCCAUUACGACAGUUGAGGAGACGCCUGAGGACGUCGAGGUAACUGAAGUCACAACGACAAAGGACAUCCAGGAAGGUCCUGGUGACCAGCUCAUCACAGUUGUCACCAAGACAAAGAAAACUCGCAAACCGAAGGAAAAGAAGCCGAAGGAGAAGCCAAAGAAAAAACGGCCAUCCAAAACUCGACUGGAUGAACAGAUUGAGAAAAUCCCAGGCGUCACCGAGGUUGGUGAGCAAACUACUACUGAAAUUGAAACCAUUGAUGACGAAGAAGUUGAGACAAUAACCACUACAAAGAAAAUCAAACGAAAGAAGCCGAAGGACGGAAUCGAAACUUCGGAAGAAAUCCUUCCAGAAAUUCCAGAGAAAGCCGAGCCCACUACGAAUGUAGAGGAGACGCCUGAGCACGUCGAGGUAGCUGAAGUUACAACGACAAAGGACAUCCAGGAAGGUCCUGAUGACCAGCUCAUCACAGUUGUCACCAAGACAAAGAAAACUCGCAAACUGAAAGAAAAAGCGCCGAAGGAGAAGCCAAAGAAGAAACGGCCAUGCAAAACACGACUGGAUCAACAGAUUGAGGAAAUCCCGGGAGUCACCGAAAUAAGUGAACAUACCUCUACUGAUGUUGAACGGAAUGAUGAUGAGGAAAUCGAGACUGUCACGAUUACAAAGAAAAUCAAACGGAAGAAGCCUACAGACGGCACCGAAACUACGGAAGAAAUCCUUCCAGAAAUUCCGGAGAAAGCCGAACCCACUACGACUGUUGAGGAGACGCCUGACCUCGUCGAGGUAACUGAGGUUACAACGACAAAGGACAUCCAGGAAGGCCCUGAUGAAGAGCUCAUCACAGUCAUCACCAAGACAAAGAAAACUCGUAGAUCAAAACGCAUCACAAACGACGACAGACAUGGGCCGCCUUCGCCUGAUGGCACUCCUGACGUCUCUCCACAUAACCAGGAGCACGUUCCGGAGGACGCCAAGCCGCAGCAGAAGGAGAAGCCCAAGAAGCCAGACGGAGCACCCGAAUGGAAGGGCUUCAAGUUGAAGAAGGUCGCCAAGCCGGAGGAUGAGGACGAGGACGUGUUAACGAGCAUGACACUCAGCCGCCCCGAUCGGAUACCCAGAACAGAGUUGGAAUUCAAGGAAGUACCGAAAAAGUCAUCUGAUGAUGUUCAGCCGGCAGAUGGUAUCAUCUCGGAAGAGGAUACGAGACCAGAGGACAAGAUUCCCGGCGAAACUGAGGAAGACAAGAGCAGUGCAAAGAAACCAAAAAAGCGAAGGCCUAAGAAACGCCCGGAAGCUGUCGAAGAGGUUCCCGUAACAACACCCGAGGCAAGAGAAGGAGAGCAAGUUCCAGAAAAGCAAGAUGACCGGCAGCCAGAGGACAAGGACAAAAAGCCGAAGAAGCCCAAGCGCGGACAACCAUUGGAUUCAGAAACUCCUGAGUGGAUCGACUUCUCAUUAAAACCGGUGAAACAGGUUCCCAAGGAGAUAGACGAGGAAAAGCUGGAAACUGUGGAGCUGAAACCACUAAGUGAUACAGAGGAGGACAUCACUGACAAAGGCCGCAUUGAUAAAAAACCAGAACAGCCUGGAGAAGCGGACACGAUUCUCAAGAAAAUCCCCGGUGAUGAUAAAGAGAAACCCGAUAAAAAGCCAAAGAAGAAAAAGAUCAAGAAGCUAAAAACACCGGACGACAUGGCCAAACCGGAUGAAGAGGAAUUGCCGUCAGGGGACGAUGAGGAGGUGCCGCAGCCAGCCGAGGUGACGGAAGUCCAGCCGGAGGAGCCGCUGCAGCCCGAGGACCACCUUCCAGAGUGGCAGCGUGUGAAGCUGAAGAAGGUGGAGGUGGAGCAGGAGGAGGACGCCAUCACCUCCCUCAUCAUGACGCGACCCGAUCGCAUCCCCACCACCGAACUGCCCGACUUCAGCAAGAAGCCGCCGAAACCCGACAUGGAGCAGACGGCGCCGGCGCCAACCGAGGAAGAAACUCUUGACGAGACCCCAAAGAAAAAGACCAAGAAGCCGAAGAAACAGAAAAAGCGACCAACGGAGGGUGAACAACCAGAGGCGCCCACUGAGGCCGUCACUACCGAAGAACCCGCUCAAGACGAGGCACAUUCAGAUGAGGUUCCCGAAGAGAAGCCGACGCCUCUGAAACAGCUACCAGACCAGACAACUUCAGACGAGGCUACACCGGAGCAGCCAAAGAAGCCCAAAAAGAAGAAGCGAGUCAUAGCAGAGGAGGGACAGCCGGAAUGGGUCAAUUUCGCGCUCAAGCCAGUCCAGGCAGAGCCCAGACCAGUGGAAGCACAAGACAUGGAGACCGUGGAUCUCAAACCGAUUCCAGACGUGGACGAAGAAAGUCCCAUUGAGGCAAAACAAAAACCAGAAACACUUCAAUGGGAUUCUCUAGAGUUGAAACCGAUUGAGAGCAUGGAUAGGCCUGUACUGGAGAAACCCACAGGCAUUGAUGCAAAACCCCUAAAAAAGAAAAAGAAACGCCCAAAGAAACCGGAAGGACCAGAAGAGGAAGAGACAAGUGACACAGAAAAAUUGCCAGGAGACGAGCAGAAGCCAAGUGAUGAAUCGGAUGACUCUAAGAAGCGUAAGCCGAAACGAAUGCUUCCUGCGGACGAAGAAACUCCGGAGUGGCAGAGAGUGCAGCUGAAACCCGCGAAACCCACCCAGAAAGGAACCGAGGAUGACAGGGAGACGGUGACGCUCAAGCCGGUGGAGAAAAUCGAUGAAACAACAGUAGUUGAUACUACACUAACAGAGGACACGACCAUAACAACAAUCGAAGAGGAUAUCACUGAGGAAAAGAAGCGAAAGGAUAAGAAAAAGAAACCAAAGCAACCAAAGCGUGAGAAGCCAGAGACUGAGGAAGUUGUCGUUGAAGUUCAAGAGUCCAGUGAAGUGAUUUCAGAUCAAGAGGAAACAGAGGAGACCAUUGUCAUGACAACAAAAACAAAGAAAAAGCCGAAAGACAAACCAUUUGAAGAGGAAGUGCAAGAAGUUGAUAUUAAUAUACCGGAUGAUAAGGACGUUGAAAAAGCAGACACAACGGAAGAAUGGAGACGGAAGAAAGAAAAGAAACUCAAAAGACCCAAAAAAGAAAAGCCAACGACAACAGAAGUGACUGAAACCACUGACUUUGUUGAAAUAUCAUCCGAUCAAGAAGAGACAAUUGAAGAGACAACAAUGAUCAUGAAGACGAAGACAAAAGAGAAGCCCAAAGAGGGGCCUUUUGUAGAGGAACAAGCAGAUACAAGUGAGAUCGUAAAAGAAGAGCUUUCAAAGCGCGUGGAAAAAAUUGAUAAGACUCCGGCCACCGAACAAAAACCAGAUGAAAAACCAUUCGAAGAAGAAGUCCAGGAAGUUGACGUUGAGGUAGAAAAGAAGGACGAACUUCAAGAGGACGAAGUAGAGGAAUGGAAAAGAAGAAAGGACAAAAAGAAACCUAAAGGCCCGAAAACAAAGAAAGACAAACCUGAAAAAGAGAUAACGACAGAAAAAACGACAGAUAUAAACGAGAUUGUGACCAAAGCAAGCUCUGAAGAAGACGAAGAAGAAGUAAUCACAACUACAGUUACAACGCAAAAGAAAAGGUUGCCAAAAGACAAACCAUUCGAGGAAGAACUGAAGGAAGUCGACAUUCAGCAACCCGAAGAGGAGAAACUUGAACCAAAGGAAACACCAGAAGAGUGGAGACGUAAGAAGGACAAGAAAAAGCGAAAACCAAAGAAGCCUGAACCUGAAGAAACUGCUGACGAUGUUGCAGAAGAGUUGGUACCGACUAGACCGGAGCAGAACGUUCCGGUAUCAGAAGAGGAUGUCACAUCAGAAGACAUCACAGAGAAACCCACCGUCUUGCGCCAACCGGAGGAAAUCGACCUCAAAGAAACCACAGAGCAAAUGACCGUGCAGUCAUUCGAUGAAACCACUGUUACUGAGGAGACAACAACACAAGAAACAGUGGUUCUGGUUGAGGAAGAUGAGGUUGCAGAGCAAGAAGAAACAAUCGCUGACACUACGAUCACUAAAAAGAAGAGGCCAGAGAAACCAGAUAUUCCUGAAGGGACAGACGAAAAGAGUGACUCUCCUGAGAAGCCAUUUGAAGAAGAGGUGCAGGAAACAAAUGUUAGCGUUCCCGAAGAGCAGCCAUUAACUGAAGAGCAGCCAGAAGUCUGGCAAAGAGGAAAGCCCAAAAAGAAAAAGCCAAAACGUCCUGAAAUACCGAAAGAAGCUCCAGAAGAAAGGCCGGAUCAGAAACCAGAAGAGAAACAAGAGGACAAGCCCGAGGUUACCGAUAAGAAGCCCUUCGAGGAAGAGGUCCAAGAGACCGACAUUGGAAUCGAAGAUGAUGAAAAAAUCGCUGAUGAACAGCCUAAGGUAUGGCAAAGAGGCAAACCGAAAAAGAAACCUAAGCGUCCUGCUGCUCCAAAAGAGGUUACUGAUAAGUCAGAGGAAACGACAGAAUUUGUUGAAAAAUCGGAGGUAGAAGAAACACGCGAAGGAGCGGUAGAAGAGCAGCUCAAGGUGGACGUUAUUGACAAGAUUACACAAGAGGAAAGCGAGACUGAAGAAACUGAAGUUGUGACUGAAGUAAAACAAAUUGAAAAGAAAAAGCAAGAGCGUGAACUGCCUAAACCUUCAGAGGAAACAAAACCACAAGAAGAGAUCGAGGGACCGGACGCCCCAGAUCAAAAAGCACUUCAAGAAGAAGUCAAAGAAGCAGACGUUGACAUAGCAGAUGACCAAAAAGUCCAUGAAGAACAACCAGAAAUAUGGCAAAGGGGUAAACCAAAAAAGAAGAAGCCGAAACGUCCUGAGGCUCCUGAGGUACAUGAAGAAAAGCCAGAGACCCCUGAAGAAGCUCCAGAGGCGAAACAUGAGGUGCCCGUACAAAAGGAGGAUAAGCAUGAAUCUCCGCAGGACAAACCACUGGAAGAGGAGGUCCAGGAAGUGGAUGUAGAUGUAAAAGAAGAAAAAGAGAUAAUUCAAGAAGAAGAGGUGUGGCAGAGAGGCAAACCGAAAAAGAAGAAGCCGAAGCGUCCUGAGGCUCCUGAAGCACCCGAAGAAAAGCCGGAAAAGCCUGAGGAGGUUCUUGAGACGACACCUGAGGUGCCUAUACAAAAGGACGAUAAGCCUGAUUCUCCGCUAGACAAACCACUGGAAGAGGAGGUUCAGGAAGUAGAUGUAGAUCUUAAGGAAGAAGAGCAGAUUAUUAAAGAAGAAGAAGAGGUGUGGCAGAGAGGCAAACCGAAAAAGAAAAAACCAAGGCGUCCUGAGGCUCCUAAGGCACCCGAAGAAAAACCGGAAAAGCCUGAGAAAGAUCUCGAGGCGACACCUGAGAUGCCUGUACAAAAGGAGGAAAAGCCUGAAUCUACGGUAGAAAAGCCAGUAGAAGAGGAGGUUCAGGAAGUGGAGGUAGAUGUUAAGGAAGAAGAGCAGGUCAUUAAAGAAGAAGAAGAGGUGUGGCAGAGAGGCAAACCGAAAAAGAAGAAGCCAAAGCGUCCUGAGGCUCCUAAGGCACCCGAAGAAAAGCCGGAAAAGCCUGAGGAAGAUCUCGAGGCGACGCCUGAGAUGCCUGUACAAAAGGAGGAAAAGCCUGAAUCUCCGGCAGACAAACCAGUAGAAGAGGAGGUUCAGGAAGUGGAGGUAGAUGUUAAAGAAGAAGAGCAGGUUAUUAAAGAAGAAGAAGAGGUGUGGCAGAGAGGCAAACCGAAAAAGAAAAAGCCAAAGCGUCCUGAGGCUCCUAAGGCACUCGAAGAAAAGCCGGAAAAGCCUGAGGAAGAUCUCGAGACGACAUCUGAGAUGCCUGUACAAAAGGAGGAAAAGCCUGAAUCUCCGGUAGACAAACCAGUAGAAGAGGAGGUUCAGGAAGUGGAGGUAGAUAUUAAAGAAGAAGAGCAGGUUAUUAAAGCAGAAGAGGUGUGGCAGAGAGGUAAACCAAAAAAGAAGAAGCCGAAACGUCCUGAGGCACCACAGGUGCCCGAGGAACAGCCAGAAUCACAGGUGCCCGAGGAAAAGCCAGAGACCCCUGAAGAAGUUCCGGAGACCAAAGAUGAGGUGCCCGUACGACAGGAGGAUCAACCUGAAUCUUCGCACGACAAACCACUGGAAGAGGAGGUUCAGGAAGUGGAUGUAGAUGUAAAAGAAGAAAAAGAGAUAAUUCAAGAAGAAGAGGUGUGGCAGAGAGGCAAACCGAAAAAGAAGAAGCCGAAGCGUCCUGAGGCUCCUGAAGCACCCGAAGAAAAGCCGGAAAAGCCUGAGGAGGUUCUUGAGACGACACCUGAGGUGCCUAUACAAAAGGACGAUAAGCCUGAUUCUCCGCUAGACAAACCACUGGAAGAGGAGGUUCAGGAAGUAGAUGUAGAUCUUAAGGAAGAAGAGCAGAUUAUUAAAGAAGAAGAAGAGGUGUGGCAGAGAGGCAAACCGAAAAAGAAAAAACCAAGGCGUCCUGAGGCUCCUAAGGCACCCGAAGAAAAACCGGAAAAGCCUGAGAAAGAUCUCGAGGCGACACCUGAGAUGCCUGUACAAAAGGAGGAAAAGCCUGAAUCUACGGUAGAAAAACCAGUAGAAGAGGAGGUUCAGGAAGUGGAGGUAGAUGUUAAGGAAGAAGAGCAGGUUAUUAAGGAAGAAGAAGUGUUGCAGAGAGGUAAACCGAAAAAGAAGAAGCCGAAGCGUCCUGAGGCUCCUAAGGCACCCGAAGAAAAACCGGAAAAGCCUGAUGAAGUUCUGGAGACAACACCUGAGACGCCCAUACAAGAGGAGGAUAAGCCUGAAUCUCCGCUAGACAAACCACUGGAAGAGGAGGUUCAGGAAGUGGAUGUAGAUGUUAAAGAAGAAGAGGAGAUAAUUCAGGAAGAAGUGUGGCAGAGAGGUAAACCGAAAAAGAAGAAGCCGAAACGUUCUGAGGCUCCUAAGGCACCCGACGAAAAACUGGAAAUGCCUGAUGAAAUUCUGGAGACGACACCCCAGGCGCCUAUACAAAAGGAGGACAAGCCUGAAUCUCCGCAAGACAAACCACUGGAAGAGGAGGUUCAGGAAGUGGUUGUAGAUGCUAAAGAAGAAGAGAAGAUAAUUCAGGAAGAAGAAGUGUGGCAGAGAGAUAAACCGAAAAAGAAGAAGCCGAAGCGUCCUGAGGCUCCUAAGACACCCGAAGAAAAACCGGAAAAGCCUGUUGAAAUUCUUGAGACGACACCUGAGGCGCCUUUACAAAAGGAGGAUAAACCUGAAUCUCCGCUAGACAAACCACUGGAAGAGGAGGUUCAGGAAGUAGAUGUGGAUGUUAAAGAAGAGGAGCAGAUUAUUAAGGAAGAAGAAGAGGUGUGGCAGAGAGGCAAGCCGAAAAAGAAGAAGCCAAAACGUUCUGAGGUACCUGAGGUACCCGAGAAAAAGCCUGAAGCCCCUGAAGAAGUUCCAGAGACGACACCUCGGGUGCCUGAAGAAAAGGAGGAAAAGCCUGAAUCUCCGCAAGAAAAACCACUGGCAGAGGAGGUUAAGGAAGUAGAUGUUGAUGUUGAAGAAGAAGAGCAUAUUUCUAAAGAACAAGGAGAGGUGUGGCAGAGAGGUAAGCCGAAAAAGAAGAAACCGAAACGACCUGAGGCUCCUAAGGCACCCGAGGAAGAGAUAGAAAGGCCCGAGGAAGUUCUUGAGACGAAACCUGAAGUCCUAAGUAAACCACAGGAAGCACCAAAGGCUCCUGAAGAAAGGCCAUUAGAAGAGGAGAGUAAAGAGGAAGACACUAUGGUUUCUGGAGAUCAACCAAUAGUUGAAGAACAGCCUGAGGUGUGGAAGAGAGAAAAGAAAAAGAAACCGAAGAAACCGAAACAUACUGAACAAGCAGCACCGGAUGAAAUUGCCGCAGAAGACAUUCCACUGGAUGAAGACGUGAUUCCAGAGGCUCCCACUACUGAGAAGCCUGAAGAUGAAAAACCAAAAGAAAUCAAGAAACCGGAAGAUGAUAAGCCUGAGUGGCAAGAGGCUAAAUUAAAACCAACCAAGAAGCCCAAGCAGUUACCAAAACAGCCCGAGGAACAGUUGGAACAGGUGCAGCUAAAGCCAGUCAAAAAGCCCGAGGAACUAGAGAAGGUCGAGGUUGAAGAAGUCCAAGUGACUACCAUAAAGCAAAAGUUUAAGGAAAGGAAGCCAAAGCAGCCAGACGAAGAAGUCGAAGAACUGCCAAUAGAAAAAUUAGACGAGGAGACGGCGCGGCGCAAGAUCAGCACGCUGGAGGCGUUCACACAGGAGGAGAUCACCGUCGGCAUGAGCGUCGACGAGGUGCGCCAGUUCAUCGUGGAGCGCGAGACCGCCGAGCGCAAACUCUCCGAGGUGACGGCACCCGUGGUGCAGGAGAUCACGCCCGAGCUGCUGGAGCAGGAGCUCAAAAAGGUUACCGCCGAAAAGGUCGUGGCAGAGACCAAGCUGGCAGUGAUGCAGUCCUACACUGUGAACGAGAUCACUCCACAGACCACUGUGGAUGAGCUGAAGGCCUUCGUCGACGAACGGCACGAGGCCGAGCAGGUGUGGAACACGGUCGAGACGCUGGAGAUUGUCGAGCCGGCGCAACAGCACAUCACCGAGGAGAUCAAACAGAUCAAACAGGACUGCGCCGUGGCCGAGGUGAAGCUCGACCUCACCGAGGGCUUCCAGGUGCAGGAGCUGCGGCCCGAGCUCACCACCGACCAGCUGGAGACGUUCAUCACUGAACGGCGUGACGCACAGCGGCGCAUCUCCACGGUGGAGUCGCUGGCCGUGCAGGAGGCUGCGCCCGAGGAGGUGGCCAAGGACCUGACGCAGCUGCUCACCGUGGAGGAGAAGUCGGCCAAGAUCAAGCUGGACCUGCUCAACACCUACUCGGUGCAGGAGGUCACCACCGACACCACGGCAGAGGAGACCAAGACGUUCAUCGAGGAGCGGCAUGAGGCUGAGCAGGUGCUGACUACGGCACUCCAGACGGUGGAGUCGACCGAGGUCAGUCCGGCCUUCGUCACGUCCGAGAUCGAGCACAUCCGCACGGAGAAGGUGCAGGCGCUCCAGCACCUGCAGGAGGUCCAGCCACAGGCCGUACAAGAGAUGGAGACUCUCCUGCAGACCACCGUCGAACUCAAAAAGUUCAAGUAUGUGACGGAAUUGGCAAAGGAAACGUCCGAGGCGACUACAGAGAAGGUCACUGCCACCAAAACCGAAACAACUGUGAAAGACAAGAAAAAGACGCUGAAGCCGCGGACUGCUUCCGUAGAGCGUCUGCCAGAGUUCCCCGCUGAGUCCUCUCCUGAGGAUUUCACUCCAGAGUCCCGGCGGGAGGCGAGCGCAAGGACGGGGGUCGUCGAGCAGCAGGCCGUCAUCACCGACGAGGCUAGACCUGAAGACGUCCAAGGAACAGUCGACGAACUCAAAGCUGCGCCAGCAACAGCCCGUACCGAGAUACUCGAGCAACAGUCACUUCUCAGUUCCGAGGUGUGCAUAGACGAGAGAGAGGAUACGGUGGCGCCGUUCAAGGCUGGAGAACAGGUUCCUGAGACGACCACGGAGCUCGUCAUGAGACACACGGCACUGCUCACAGAUGUUGGUACACGGGAGGAAACAGAAGAGUACUCGCCAGAACAGCCGACCACCGCAUCUCCAAGGGAACAGUUAAUUGGUCUCGAAGCACCAGUUCGAGAGCAAGUAGAGCUGGGAGAAGUUGAGAGUGAUUUCGAUCAGAAACAGCUUCCGGAGCAGAAACAGGCAACUGAACGACAAGAGCUGGCUCAGAGUAAAGUUGUAGAAUCGGAGGACAUCACCAGCUUCGAAGCUGAAGAACAGUUCAUCACAUCAAAGCCUUCGGAAGAAAAACAGCCUAAGAUGACCAUGGUCGAGCAGAUUGGAGUUCAGGGAAUUGAAGAAAUCGUUCAUGACAAAGAGGGGAAGGUUAGCGAUGAGGUAGCGCCUACAGAACAGAAAGCUGCCUUGGAUGUCGUCCCCCAGCAGAAUAUCAUUACAUCAGAAGUAAAAGCUACGGAACAAGGCACCGACUACAAGGAAACAGACGUUAAACCAGUUUCAGCUGAAUCCAGCAUUCUGGAGAUGGAGUCCAUGCAGGGUGAAGUGACACAGACCGUAGAAACGGAAACUGAUUUUGCUCCAGGAGAGCUCAAUCUGAAGAAACCGACAGUGCGUCUUAACAUCGUUGAAAAACGUUCCGCACAAACAGAAAAUAUUUUGGUCGGUGAAUCGGAGGACACCUUCACACCCGGCAAGCUAAAUGAAGUACAGCCAAAAAGUUCUUUCGCCGAGCAGGAAUCUGUGCAAAUUACUGAAGUUGCCCCGGAUUCGCAAACAGGGGAAUAUGUCGUUGGCGAUAAACCAGGCGAGAGAAGUGCUGACGUCUGUUUGUCUCCUAUUGAACCUGUCAUAACGCAAGACGCAAAAUCAGAAGAAACUGAGAAGGACUUCGACAAGUUUGUGUAUCCAACAGAGAUGGCAAAACAGACUAUUCCCGAGCAAAAGAGCACUGCUAUUUCUGAGAUCACAACGGGCGAGACUGAGUCAGAAUAUGCUCCUGAUGUCAUGCCAGAGCUACAAGAACUGAAAGAAGUGGUUGAGCUUAGGGAGCGCAAGACGGCGAUUGCACAAGAUAUUGUGACGGAAGAGAGAGAAGGUGACAAAGAGAACUUCGUGGCAAAGUCUGUGCGCGUUGAGGGUCGCAUUUCGCCACUUGAAGGUCUCAUUGUAUCUGAGGCUCAGCCAGAUUCUGAUGAGGAUACGUUUGAUCAGAAGCCUCUUCCGAAAACCGUUGAUGCGCAAGUGGGCUUCACAACAGAACAAGCCUAUGAUACGACAGAAAUAACCACCCAAGAAGCUGAAGAAAAAUUCGAAAGCACACUGGAGCAAAAGGUUACAGCCCUAGACUCCAUUAUCCCCCAGGAAUCUACUGUUUCCAGCGAGAUCAUAACAAACGAGCUUGAAGAAGAAUAUCGCCCUCAACAACUACCACAAACUGUUGAACUCAUUCCCUCCACUAAUCUUGUGUCGCAAAAGGCAGCGUCGACAUAUGAGGCCGAGAUUGAUGAGAAGGAGGAAUGGUACGACAUCCAGGAGGAACAAAUGAGACAGCCGACCUUAUCAACGAUUAACCAGACAAGCAUUCUCGUUUCAGAGAUUGUUACAGAUCAAAGCGAAACCGAUUUCAACCCUGAAGUUUUACCGAAAACUACUACAGCAAGCCUUGACGUUUCCACGUUUAGUCCCUUGGAAACAACAACUACCCAGAUAACAGAUAAAACUGAAGAUUGGUCGGCACCGGAGACGAAACAGCGUAAUGCUACAACUACGAUGCUAGAGCAGACCUCGGUGGAUGUAUCCCAGGUCGUGGAGGAUGAACGAGAGGGUGAGUUCAAGCCUGGUAUGCUACCGACCACAUCAGAAGCUACUGAGCAGCUGAUAUUUGAUCAGUAUAAGGCUCCACAGGUCAGCCAGCCGGAGACAGAAGAAAGAGAGGAGUGGUACGAUGCCGAAGAAGUUGACAUUCGACAGUCGAGAGUUGAGGUAAUCGAACAGCGCACGUUGCAAAUUUCGCAAGUCAUAACUGACGAUAGGGAGGACGAGUUUACACCAGACCUAGCGCCAAAGAACAGACAUGCAUCGCUCCAAGUUUCACCAAUGGAGCCUACUGCGGUCGAAGAAGCACUUCCAAAUGAGAAGGAAGAAACCUUUGAGACAAAGCCUGACCUCGGAGUUACCGCUGGUGUCGAGGUAAUUCAACAGGUGCCACUGCUCACUGAGCAAACCGAUGCAGCUGAACGUGAGGACGUUCUUCAAGAGCAGAAGACUCCAAGUGGAGCAAAAGCAUCGGUUGAAACGGAAACACCAUGGACGCGAGCACCCACCAUCGGACAAACAGAGCAAGCUGAAACAACGGAAGAAUACUCCUCUGAGCAGGUCACAAGGAAAAAGCCAGGCAUUUCGAUCUUAGAGCAGGACUCAAUCCAAGUCACCGAAUCAGUUGUUGAGGAAAAAGAAGAAGAAACAGAGACAUUCCAAAAGCCAAAAGAAAAGGAAGCGAAGGUAGGAUUCUCUCUCCAGGAAACGCUGUCAACAUCUGAGACGUUAGCUGAUGAGCAAGAAAAACCUUUCGAGAGCAAGCCCGAUUUGGGAGUACGUGCCACAGACAGCAUUACAGGGCAGCCUGUGGCAGAAACCUCAGAAACACAGACAUCAGAAGAAACUGAAAUUCACAAAGAUGCUGUUUUGGAUACAUCUGUAGCAAAAGAGUCGACAAACCUCGUGGAAAUGCGCUCAGCUAUUUCCCACCAGCAAAUCACAGAGGAAAGAGAAGAUACUUUCAAAACUCCUGAAACGAAGCAAGUCAGGCCCACUGAGGAGAUUUUGGGGCAUGAAACAGUUGAAGUAACUGAGGUAGCUCCGGAGACUAAAGAAGUUGAAUUCCAGCCAGGUGAACUUCCAAAUAAAAAAUCAGCCAACGUCAAAUUCGACUCUCAGGUUGCAAUAGCGAGAGACGAAGUAACCAUUACUGAGGCAGAGGAGGAAUUUACACCAACUGAAUCUAAGCAGCGUACCGCACAUCCUCAGGUUGACGAACAGAUAACCACUAUUGUUUCAGAGACGCUGACCGAGGAGGUGACGGAGGAUGCUACAACAACCCUGCCAACUGGUCAAACGAUCGAGGGCAAGCCUACCAUCACAUCUAGAGCCGUCACAACAACUUCAGAAGUAACAGCAGAUGACACUGUCGAAGAUUAUGACAUCACCCAGAUCGUGCAGAAAACUGCGAAACCUUCUAUUGACGAACAGAGAGGUGUGGAAAUACAAGAAGUUCGUCCUGACGAUACUGAAACCUCAUUGGAGGAGUUUGUUACUAACUCUAAACAGGCUUCCGUUGACUUUGAGCUUAAGAAGGCUCCAGUCACUGAUGAAACAAGGACGGUCGAAACGGAAGAAACAUACACCUCCGAAUCCAUUGGAACAGCUACCGCAAAGGGAUCUUUCGUGGAAAAGAAGACCAUAAAUGUUAAGCAGACCAUACCCGAGGACAGAGAAGAGACGUUUGAAAGUCCUUCCACAACAGUGGCUAAGCCAACUGAAUCCAUGGCGCCUGAAGACCGCGAAGCGCCCGUCCUUUAUCAGCAACAUCCCGAAGAGAAGGAAGGUACAUUCGCCGACAAAUAUGAAGGCAUUACUGUUAAGCCAAAAACGGUGAUAACCGAAAGAAAAACUGUGGUCACCGCUGAUAAUACAACUGAUGAGAAGGAAGAGACAUUUGACAUCACUUCACCAAAGGAUAGGCAGGCGAGACCAACGGUUGACGAACACCAAAGCGUGGUCGUACUAGAAACAAAGCCCACUGACAGGGAAGAGAGCCUCGAGGACUUCAAGUUCCAAGGAAAAUCUGCAAAUGUUGACUUCGAAUUACAGCAGGCUCCAGUGUCAGGAGUCACAACAACCGAUGAGUCCGAAGAUGUCUUCACAUCAACACCCUACAGAACCGAAACAGCGGACGGGGUAAUAAUCACACAAAAAGAAACAGUAACUGUCAAACAAGCUAUCACAGGGGACACCAGUGAAGACUUUGAUGUUUCACUUCCCUCUGGCAAAACACUGUCGGCAUCGAUGGUGCCGGAAGACCGCCAAGCAGCCGUUGGAUUCGGUGUUGAAGUCGAAGAAAAGGAAGUGACGUUCACCGACAAGCCGGAGGGAAUUAAAGUCACUCCAAAGACAGUAAUGACUGAGCGCACAUCUGCUGUUAGCUCAGAGCCUGUUACAGAGGAACAUGAAGAUACCUUUGAGUCAGUUAAACCCAAAGACAGAAAGGCCAAGCCAGCUGUGGAUGAGACUAGGGGAGUUGAAGUUACUGAAGCAGCACCCACAGAGCUUGAAGAUUCUUUGGAUGAAUUUACUGUCAACAAAAAGAAGGCAAAUAUUGGUUUCGAAAUUCAGCAAGCUCCCACGCAAGCAGAGGUGCGACCAGCCGAAUUAGAGGAUACAUAUCAAACCAGAGUCACCAAAACAGAAACAGCAGAAGGUACUGUGAUAACAACAGAAACAAUCACUGUCAGUCAAACGGUGACAAGUGACAGAGAAGCUGACUUCACGGUUAACCUCCCGAAGGACGCGAAACCGGGACAAACUAUGACUCCUCAGGACAGACAGACUGCUGCUACACUUGUCAUCACCCCAAAUGAAAAGGAGGAUGACUUUACUGAGACUACUCAAGAAUUCACAAUAAAACCAAAGGCGGUGCAGCCCGACCGAAAGACUGCAACAAAAUCCGAUGAAUUUGUCGAUGAGCACAUCAUUGAACUUGACCAAACGAAGCCAGUAGCUGUCAAGGCCAGGAAGUCUUCAGUUGAUGAGCUGGUGACGGCAUCAGAAGGAAUAGUCCAGGAGGAGGAAUCGGUUAUAGUGGAGCAAGAGGUAGUGGACUCUAAAGGCAAACGAAAACGUUCGAAACAGGAGCGUCGACGAGAAUCUGUUGAAGAAAUUCGCCGUGGCUCAGUCACUGAAAUUCGUAGAGGUUCUUUGGAUAUGACAAUACAAGAAGUCCAUGAUGACGAUAUAAGCAUAUCUGAAGAAGUAACCAUACAGCCGACGAUAACCGAAGAAGAUGACGUUCUCAUUACGGAAGGGGAUGGUAUGGAUACGACCCGAAGGGUGGUAAAUGAAGAAAAGGAUGGAAAGAAAAGAAAGGUCGUCAUUCAUACGUUUGCCAGCAAACCAACGGAUAACACCAACAUAGAAGAGAUAGAAACAGUUACACAUAAAACAGAAGAAGAGGUUGUUGAGCAUACCAUCGAUAUUCAACUGGUGGAUGAAGAGUCCGACGAAACUGUUACUGACUUCACGGUCAAGAAGAAGAAAAAGAAACCAACUAAAGAAAAGACAAAAGAAACAAAAGGUCCGGAACCUGUUGAAGAAACACAAGAAGAAACAGCAGUACUAAAGAAACAGCCAAAGACAACAGACCAGGACAAAGAAAAGACGGAUCAUGAUGUUGAACACACAAUUGAUAUACAAAUGGUCGAUGAAGAAACAGAUGAAACCAUCACUGACUUGACGAUAAAAAAGAAGAAAAAGAAACCAGCGAAAGAUAGAAAAGAGGAUACGACGGCUCCAGAGCCCGUCGAAGAUACACAGGAAGAGACAGUGGUGCUGAAAAAGAAGCCAAAGAAGGAAGGACCAGAUACAGAAACUGAUACAGAAACUGACAACAAAGUAGUUUUGAAGAAAUCCAAAAAGCCAAAAGAUGCGAAUGAAGAAGAAACCACGUUCGUUGUUCAGACUAUUCCUCAAAAAGAGGACCUCAAAAUAACAGAAGUAGAUAAUACAACGACAACGGAAACAAUCAUCAGCCAGGACAUCACCGAAGAAGUCGAAGUGGAAGAGGAAAAGACAAUCAAGUCCAAGCGCCCGAAGAAACCUAAGGCCAAAAAGCCAACAGAGCAAACACCAGAAGAUCAGGCCGUAGUUACUGAAGAAACUACGCCUACAAAAGAGGUGACGAUGAGUGUGACUGAUCAGAAUGUGGACGAGACGACGGAAGACAUCGUCGAAGAGACGACAACUGAGUUCAUGGUCAAGAAACCGAAGAGAACCAAGCCUAAGAUAUCUGAGGCUGAUGAGUCACAUGUGACCGAACUCAUAGAUGACAAAGAGGAAUCGACAACAAUCAAGCUGAAGAAAAAACGCAAACCAAAGCAAGGGGAAGACACCGUCAGAGAGGAAUUUACGGUGAAAACAAAGGAAGCAGACACACAGGAAGAGGAGUUCACUGUGAUCCAGCAGACCGACGAAGACGUUACCGAAAUGGAAACAACAGACGUCACGAUCAAAAAGAAACCAAAGAAAAAGAAGCCUUCAAAGGAUAUUAAGAUAGAUGAGAAGGAAGGUCAGGAAACAACCGACGAUGCCGUUGAGUUCUGGGUGAAUUGGGAAUAUGCAAAGGCAAUACAGCGUGUACACCACGAAGAACUUCAAUGGGCUCGAACAUCAGGAGUUGAUUUCUCAGAAACGCCCGAACAAACUACCAUCCGCAAGAAGAAAGUUCGGUUCAUUCAAAAGGGAUCUGAAGAGCCCAUUGAAAUUGUUGAGGAGGUUUUAGAAGACAUUCCAGCAGAGGAAACCGAAGAACAGGAAACAAAGAAACCAAAGAAGAAAUCAGCAAAGCGAGAACUAGUUACACAAGAAUCCCUGCAAAAUGAGGAAAUAAUUACUAGUGAAUAUCCAGAACAAGAUGAUAAAGAAGAAGUCCCAACAGAAGUGGCGGAGCCGCGUCUUGACACAACUGACGACGCUGUUACAGUAUCUGCAGCUGAUGUUGAGGAAACAACACAAGUAUUGCCACAAAAGAAACCAAAAAGAUCAAAAGCAGACAAAACACAAGAUGUGCUGCAGCCAGUGGUCACUGAGGAACAAGUUACUCAAGAAACACCUGAAGAGCUUGAAGAGCUUAGAAAACCGGAUGAAAAAGCUAUCACAGGCAUUUCCCCUGAUGAUCUACAAACAGCGGUGUCCAAAUCAAAAACCGACACGCAGGAAGCUCCUCGGGAAAAGCCGGAAAAGAAAAAGAAACCAAAAACUAAAGUGCAAAAACCAACCGAUGAGAAAGAGGACGAAGAUCAGCCACAGGAGGAAGUUUCAGCUCAGCAACCUUCCGCUGAGGAGGAGCCUAAGACAAAGAAGAGCAAACGGCCAAAGAGUCGACCAAAGGAUGUUUCUGAGGCAGUUCCCGAAGACCAAGUGCCUGACAAGCCAGAACAAAAGCCUAUUGAGGAGUCGCUUCAGAAGCACACUGAGGGCACUGACACCGUUGCAGAAGAGAUAGUGGAAGAGAUUACGACAGCGCCCAUAAUAACGGAUAGCGCAAAGGAGCUCUCUGAAGAGGACAGCCUGGUUGUCGCAGCUGAAGAGCAGAAACCCAAAAUGGAGCAAAUAGAAGAAAGUGUUACGGUAGAGACAAAGCGAGUGAAGAAGCCAAAAGCGAAGAAGCGACCUGAUGAGAAACCAGUCGACAAGUCUGAUGACGUGAAAGAAAGCGCAAGUGUACGCUUACCAGACCAGGAGACGCCGAUCGAAGAAACAUCUGUAACCGUUGAUGUCCCUGAAGAUGAGCAACCAUUAGAUGAGAUCACCGAACCAGAAGCAGUGACAGUAAAAACACCAAAGGGAAAGAAAAAGAAACCAGUGGUAACAGAGGAAACUGAAGAGGUUGUUAAGCUACAAAAGAAAUCUAAGGUCCACAAGACUGAGGAUGAAAUUGAAUCUGAGACUAUAGAUACUGAGGUAACGCUUAGGCGAGCGUCGAUAGAAAAGCCUCAGGAAUUGACUGAAGAUCAGGAAACAGUGUUUGAGAUCACUGCCAAAGACACUGAAGAAGAUGCUGAGGCAACGGAAGUAACGCCUGACAAUUUGCCUGAGGCCGCUGAAAGCAUUACAAUAAUCAAAAAGGGUAAAACUAAAAAGCACAAACCAAAGGAACCGACUACAGAAAAGCCAAUCGAAGAGGGAGAACAAAAGCCGGAAGAGUCACUCCCGGAAGAACCAGAGGAGGUUUCGAUAAAACUUGCCAAGCAAAAACCUGUAGUCAAAGAAGAAGUGGGUGAGGAGGUAACACUCAAGAAGAAAAAGCCAAAGAAACGCGUUCCAGAGACAGAUCAGGAGGUAGUCGCAUCAUCAACAACACUGAAAAUUAAACGUCCUGAGGAUGACGUUGAAGCAGAAGCGACUUUACCCGAAGAUCAAGAGGUAGAGUUCGAGCUACCACAAAAGACAAGGACUGAAAGCCCUCUGGAGGACGUUGAAGAUGAAUCUGCUGAGGCGCAAGUUGUUAUUAAGAAGGUAAAAACCCCAGAUGAUGUCGAGAAGGUGGAAGAAGAAGUUAUUGAAGAAAUCAUCAAAAAGAAAAAGCCCAAAAAGAAGCGAACUGUCGUUCAUGAGCCCGAAACCGAGACCUUACUGAAAAGACGUGAUUCUUCAGAAGAUGACGUAAAGGCGGACGCAGUUUUCGGAAAGCCAGAUAAAGAAUUUGAUGACGUUCAGGAAGAGUUCGUCAUAAAAAGGCCAAAGAAAAAACCAUCAACAGUAGAAGAGCCUGAAGAAGCCAUUACCCUGAAGCAAAGGAAACCCAAAAAAUCAAUCGAUUCCGCAGAACAGGAAAUAACAUCAACGGACAUCACUGUAAAACGUAUUGAAGAGACUGUUGAAGAGCACUUCGAAGACCAAGACACUCAGUUUGAAUUUAAGACAAGUAAAACGCAGGAGGUCAGCGACACCGAACAGCCGGACGAAGACGCAGAAGCAAGCGUCCGAAUCAAGAAGAUCAAAAAGGGUGACAAGCCGCACAAGAAACGUCAUAUCCCCUUCGCUUCACUGGACGACGAGGAGCAAGUUCGCAUCGAGCUCGCUAAGAGUGCGUCUCAGGAAACAGUUGAGACGGUCUUCUUCCACGACAUGCCCUCAGUAGCAGAUGACAUCAGCGAAGACGUUGAGUUGGCUCUGCCGAGACGUCGAAAGCCUGAGUAUAAGGUGGAAGACGUUGAGACCGAAUUUGGUGUCAAAGCACCGCGCAAAAAACGCGAGCCGCAAGACGACUCAGCUGACGGUGCAAGUCGUACCGUUCGGCAAACGUUUAAAAUGAAGCUGCGUCAGGAUACCAUAGGCGCUGUGCCGGGCUCUCCUGGCUCAUCUGUGGGCGAGGAAUUCGAUUUCAGGUUGACUCCCGUUCCGGACAAGGAGGCGCCAGUCUGGAGCGAGGACAGCGAGGACGCGUCGCUGCAGCUUAAGCUGCGACCCAAAAAGAAAGUGGCUGAGGAGACGACAGCCCUCGAGGUGACCGAGGGUGACACCUUCUACGCGGUGUCCACCUAUGUGGCCGAGUCGGACGAGACUAUGCACCUGGUGGAGGGAGAACGCGUCUACAUCCUCGAGAGCCACAACAGCGACUGGUGGUUCGUGCGCAAACACCUGACCGAAGAGGCCGGCUGGGUACCCGCCUCGUACCUCAAGAACGAGGACGAGUACAACCACUACGUGCAGCGCAAACUGAGCGAGAAGAUCGGAAAACUGCCCGUCUUCGAAGCGCCCAAGACGGGCCAGAAGUCGAAGGCGCCUCGCUUCACGGAGAAGCUGCAGCCGGUGAACGUGGUGGACGGCGCGGUGGUGCAGCUCGAGUGUCGGGUCGAGGGCGAGCCCAGGCCUACCAUCACCUGGUUCCGCCAGACCGCCAUCAUUAAACCCUCCACCGACUUCCAGAUGUUCUACGACGACGACAACGUGGCCACGCUUAUCAUCAAGGAGGUGUUCCCCGAGGACGCCGGCACGUUCACAUGCGUGGCCAAGAACGAGGCCGGCUUCAGCAGCUGCUCUGCGGACCUGGUGGUGGAGGCGCCGCUCUCCGAUCACGGAUCGGACGUCACCCUCACCAGCCGCCGCAGUCUCAGCAGGGAGUCGUCGCUCUGUGACAUCCUCGAGGGCAUCCCGCCCACGUUCAGCCAGCGCCCCAAGACUCGCACCGUCCAGGAGGGCGACGACGUCGAGCUGGAGUGCCGUCUGGUGGCCGUGCCCGAGCCGGAGGUCCAGUGGCUCCUCAACGGCCGGCCCGUCAAGGAGUCCAAGCGGGUCACCAUCACCACUCAGAGCGACAUGCACAUGUACUGCCACUUCAUCCGCAUCCGCGGCGCCAAGACCAAGGACGAGGGUCUGUACGAGAUCGUCGCCAUCAACCGGGAGGGCGAGUCGGCCAACACCAUCACUCUGGCCGUGGAGCCACGCGGCGAGAAGCAGCCGCCCGAGCUCGUGCAGCCGCUGCAGCCGCUCGUCGUCACCGAGAACGCGCGCGCGACGUUCGUGGCGCGGAUCAGCGGAAAGCCGCAGCCGCGUGCCACCUGGUUCACUGGGAAACACCCGCUGACGCCCGAGAUGCUGGCCAACAGCGAUGUGACGGUGACCCAGGAGGGCGACGUGUACUCGCUGCACAUCCCGCGCUCGCACCGCAGCGACGCCGGAGAGUACACCCUGCUUGCAGAGAACGCCGCCGGCUCCGCCAAGACGACCGCCACGCUCGUGGUGCAAGAGUCUCAGCUGGAGCCACCCAUGUUCAUCGAGCGUUUCACCGACGUCCGUGUGGCCGAGAAGAAGCCGAUCCGGCUGACGGCCAAGGUGGUCGGCAACCCGCGUCCCGAGGUCACUUGGUACAGGAACGGCAAGAAGCUGAAGUCGGGCAAGACGACGUCCAUCACGCACGUGGGCGAGGAGACCACUCUGGAGGUGCACGAGAGCCGCGUGGAGAAGGACGCCGGCGAGUACAAGUGCGUGGCCGUCAACCAGAACGGCAAGGCCACGCACCAGGCCCAGGUCGACAUCGACGCCGACGUCGUGAGAUUCGUGAAAGACCUGGAGGACUUUGACGUCGAGGAACGGUCAACGGUCGCCCUCGAGUGUCAGACGUCACAAGAGGUCAAGGUCACGUGGAAGCGUGGCAAGAAGGUCAUCAAGGAGUCGGACAGAUACGAGAUCACACACGUGGGCAAGACGCACCGUCUGAUCGUGCACGACGUGGUGAUGGCGGACGCCGGAGAGUACACGUGCAGCACGGACGGCGCCGAGACCCAGUGCAAGGUCAACGUCAAAGAGGGCGGCCCGUUCUUUGUGGAGAAGCUGACCGACAUCGAGGUGAAGGAGCAGGAGACGGCGGCUAUCAGCGUCACCGUCAGUUCACCCACUGCCAGGGUCGUCUGGCACAAGGACGGCGCCGCCAUCAGCGAGGACAACGGACAGUACGAGUUUAUCGCCGAGGGCGUGUCGCGCCGACUGGUGCUGCGCUCCGCGACGGUACACGAGGAGGGCGAGUACACGUGCUCGCUCGACGACCAGGAGUGUACCUGCGAGGUGACAGUCGUCGAACUGCCCCCGGUGCUCACCAAGAAGAUGACCGACACCACCGUCACCCGCGGCGAGCGGGCCAUCUUCGAGGUGGCGCUCACCAAGGGUGACGCGUUGGUGCAAUGGUUCUUCAACGGCAAAGAGAUCAAGUUCUCUGAGCACAUCCAGCUGGGCAUCGACGGCAAGCGCCAGAGGCUGAUGGUGUACCAGGCGACUUCUGAGGAUGCCGGCACCUACACCUGUCGCAUCGGAGGCGACUCCUGCACUGCCAAUCUCACCGUGGAAGAGCCGACGGUGGAGUUCAUCGGGCGUUUGCCGGAGAAGGUGGAGGCGCCCAAGGACACCACGGCCUCGUUCACCGUAGAGCUGAGCGACGCCUCCGUACCGGUCACCUGGCUGAAGAACGGCGAGCCCGUCACGGAGUCGGACUCGUGCACGAUCCUGGUGGACGGUCCGCGGCGCACCCUGCUGCUGAAGGAGGUCCAGUCCUCGGACGAUCGCACCGAGAUCACGUGCACGGCCGGCAACGUCAAGUGCACCAGCAAACUCAGGGUUACCGUGGUCCAAAUGCAGCCGAAGAUCCGCGAGGACCAGCUGAAGACGGAGUACCUAGUGAGGAGAGGAGAGGACAUCAAGAUAACUGUACCAUUCCGCGCCGCUCCGCCGCCCAAGGCCGAGUGGCACCACAACAGGAAGACCAUCAAAAAGUCGAGAAAGUACCUGCCGACUAUCACCGAGUCCGAGGCGUGUAUCACAGUGAAGCAGGUGGAAGACUCCGACUGCGGCACCUACACGCUCAAACUCGGCAACGAGGUCGGAGACAUCUUCAUCAACAUCUCACUCAAAAUCAUGGAGACGCCGUCGAAGCCGGGUCGUCCGGAGCCGGUGCAGGUCACGGACGACUCUGUCACCCUGCACUGGACCCCGCCUCAGACGGACGGCUGCUCGCCAAUCACAAACUACUGCAUCGAGUACCAGCUCAAACAGCAGAAAACGUGGACCAAGUUCGAGGAGACGACGAUCGUCAAGGAGACGACCCGGACGGUGACCUCCCUGACGACCAGCUCCGAGUACCGCUUCCGCGUGUACGCCCUCAACGACAUCGGCGCCAGCGAGCCGUCAGAAGAGUCCGAGUUCAUCAAAGUCAAAAAGCCGGUCGCUCCGGAGCGGCCCACCGUGGUGGAGGACCUGAAGGAUGUGGUGGCCGGACUCGCCGAGAAGGUCACCCUCCGCUGUGUCAUCACCGGCGUCCCGGAACCAGACAUCCGGUGGACGCGUAAUGGUAAGCCGGUGAAGAGCCGGAAGGUUCAGUACGACCAGCACGUGGCCACGCUGACCCUGGAGGACACCACGGAGAAGUCUGCCGGCACCUACACCUGCUACGCCUCCAACUCGGCCGGCGAGGUCGAGACCAGCUGCAUGGUCCAGAUCCAGGAGCCGCCGUCUCUGGAGUAUGAGCCGGCUCUGAAGGAGCAGCGGCUGGCAGUGGGAGCGAGUUGGACGGUCAGGGUGCGGGCCCGCGGCAUCCCGCGCCCCUCGCUGCAGUGGUACCGCGGCGAGCAGCUGAUCACCUCCUCUGAGCGGCUGGAGGUGCGCACAGAGUCCGACAGCACAGAGAUCACCAUCAGCCGGCUGGAGCGAGACGACUCGGCGCCCUACCGACUGGUGGCCACCAAUGACGUGCGGACGGUCACAGAGGAGUUCACACUCCGGGUACUCGAUUACAGUCGACGCUCUAUGAGUCGAACACGAUCCAGUAGUUUGGAGAGCAUCGACAAACCCAGCCGACCGGAGGGUCCCCUGCUGGCCCGGGUGGCCGACCAGGAGUCGGUGACCCUCGACUGGCAGCCCCCGGCCGACGACGGAGGGUGUGAUGUGGCCGGAUACUUCAUCGAGAAGUUCGACAGCAAGAAACAGACGUGGACCAAAGUUGCCGACAUCGUUGGCGACAUCCUCAGUUACUGCGUACAAGACCUGCUGGAGGGACACGAGUACUUUUUCCGGGUGUACGCCUUCAACGUGUUCGGCAACUCGGAGCCGCUCGAGACAGCGGAGGCGGUCGUCGUCACGAAACCAUUCGCGCUGCCGUCCGCUCCGGUGGGUCCGUUCGAAGUAUCCAGCAUGGGUGACACAUCUCUGACCCUGUGCUGGCAAGAGCCCGAGUCGGACGGCGGGGCCGCCAUCGUCGAGUACCUCGUCGAGAGGAGAAACGUCGGAAAGAAGGCCUGGCAGAAGGUGGGCACCACCGACUGCGAAACGCUCAGGAUUGACGUCACGGGCCUGAAGAAGAACAUGCAGUACAACUUCCGCGUGUCGGCACGGAACGCGGUGGGCGCCGGCCCGCCGCUCGCGCCAGAGGAGGCCAUCACCGUCGGCAAACGGCUCACGCCUCCGUCACCGCCGACAAACCUGACGGUCUCAGACGUGACGAGUCGCAGCGUGACACUGCAGUGGGCCCCGCCCACCAACAUGGGAGGAGCCAAUCUCACAGGAUACAUCAUUGAGCGCCAGGCGGCUGGCGACUCCACCUGGGAGAAGGUGGUCACGCUGGACAGCUCCGUCACCCUCUACUGUAUCUCGAACCUGCGGGAGAAGUCGUCCCUGUUCUUCCGCGUGUCCGCCGAGAACCCGAUCGGAGCCGGCGCGCCGGCCGACACCGACCUGGUCUCGCUGAAAACGCACGCCACUCCGCCGUCCCCACCCACGGCCCCGCUCGAGAUGCGCUCCACGGGGCCCAACUCGCUGCUGGUGGAGUGGGGCAUUCCUGAGUCCGAUGGAGGUGCGCCGCUGGAGGGCUACGACGUGGCGAUCCGCGAUGCGCGCCGAACCAUGUGGAUUCAGGUCGGCAUGGUGGGUGCCGACGUCACACGACUCCAGAUCAAGGAGCUACACGAAGGACACGAGUAUUACGUGCGGAUCUUUGCCAAGAAUGAAGUGGGGAUCAGCGAUCCCCUCGAGAGUGAAGACGCAGUCAAAGUGGUCAGGCCGGCAGAUUACCUGGAAGCGGAGACGGUGGACGGCGUGGACUGGGACCGGACGCCCUCCCUCAGCGCCACCACGGAGACCUCCUCCUGGCUGCGGGAGGCCGGGAUGGACGCCGACAUCCACUCCUACAGCCGGCUGGCGCUGCUCCGGCGCGACGAGUACUUCUUCCGAAUCUGGUACUACUCGCAGGAGCUGUUCAAAUAAGCGGCCGACCGCCGCUCGCGCGCGCACCCACCGUCCCCCGUUCCGCGUGCUGAAUCAAAAUGUGUCGUGUCUGUGCGUUUGUACCUUUUAUGAGUAGCGACGACGUCCGGAGGAGGGAUGGUUCUCUGCCGGCUGACCCGAGCGGCCGGUGACCUGACCUGACCUGUGCCGGGUCGCGGCCGACUCUGCGCGGCGUGAGACCCGUGUGAUACGGUGUAGAGCUGGACGGCAGGAUCCGCGGUGUACAUAGUUCUUAUGGAGUGAUCCGCCGGUACGCAGUUGGAUUCUCAGGAGGAUGGUGACGACUUAGAAAUGGUGUUUGACCCGUCCUGCCCCGGCGGGACCCGUCGGCCGCUCCAGGCUGACCCCUACUCUCGUGACCGACGGGCUGACCCGCCCGGGGCGCCGGCGGCUGACCUCGCCUGACCUCUGACCUCGCCGGUCCAUCCAUCUGCUGCUUCCAUCGGGCCGGUGGGGUCAAGGCAGGGCGAGGCGGCUGCUGUCUUUGGGACGUGACCUGUGUGUGACCCCGCCUGACCUGACCGCGACUGGCCCUCUGCUGCAAUUCCAUCUGGUCAGUCGUAUCGGGGAGGGUGAGUUCACUGCUGUCACUGCGGGUGACCUCUGCGUGACCUCGUCUGACCUGACCUCGGUCGGCCCUCUGCUGCGUCCAUCCGACCGGCCGGGUCGGUAAGGGCGAGUGUCGGCGCUCUGAGGUCAUUGAGGCGUCUGAGGGCCCACGGGUAGCGGGCAGACGCCAGCGAGAGGCCAUGUUAUUUGUUAUGGAGAGGUGUGAGCUAAUGGAAUACAGUAGUAUCGGCAACA